AUGGGUAGUGGGUACUUCCCGGAUCGCAAUAUUUCAUCCUUCUUUGGUCAAAAUGUUGACUUUCAGCCUGCCCGAGACUGCCCGAGAAACUUUAUUAUUUUUGACCGGACAGAUAACCAAAGUAGGAUCGUGUACCAUCCUGAUACUACUACUACUACUUCUACUAUGCCAGUGCGAAAAGACGAAAAUGCCCCUGGAGUUAUGAAUGAAGAUUUAGCUGAUAUAGACGCGUUGUUGAGCUUGGAGGAUGAAGAGGAGGAAUAUGAAGAGGGUGAUGACGUCAGCACGGGGCGUACAGGUGGAUAUGAUGGAAGUGACACGUCAGAUACUUGCUCUUCGAGCAGGAGAAACGGUGGGCCAGGGGUAUUUUCGGGAUAUGAGGUGAAAGAUAGUGAAAGAAAGAGGGAUAAGAUGAAGAAGAUGGUGAAGUCUCUUAAGGGAAUUGUGCCUGGUGUUAAUGGAGGAAUGAAUACUGUUGAUGUUCUUGAUGAAGCUGUUAAGUAUCUCAAGUCGUUGAAAGUUGAAGCUCAAAAGAUGGGGUUUGGAGAUUUCCAGGGGUGA